AUGAAGCUGUCCGGGCUCUUCGGCCUCCCGGCACUCCUCGCCGCAGCGCUCCUAGCGCCCGCGAGCCUCGUCGGCGCCGAGCACACCAGCAACUGGGCGGUGCUGGUGUGCACGUCGCGCUUCUGGUUCAACUACCGCCACUUGGCGAACGUCCUAUCCAUCUACCGCACCGUAAAGCGGCUCGGCAUCCCCGAUUCCCAGAUCAUCCUCAUGCUCCCCGACGACAUGGCCUGCAACCCGCGCAAUGCGUUCCCGGGCACGGUUUACUCCAACGCCGACCGCGCGGUCGACUUGUAUGGUGACAAUAUUGAGGUGGACUACCGCGGGUAUGAGGUGACGGUGGAGAACUUCAUUCGGCUGCUGACCGACCGGGUUGGGGAUGAGAUGCCGCGUAGCAAGCGGUUGUUGACGGAUGACCGGAGCAAUAUCUUGGUGUACAUGACGGGGCAUGGGGGGAAUGAGUUUCUCAAGUUUCAGGAUGCGGAGGAGAUUGGCGCGUUCGACUUGGCGGACGCGUUUGAGCAGAUGUGGGAGAAGAAACGAUACAACGAAAUCCUCUUCAUGAUCGACACCUGCCAAGCCAACACCAUGUACAGCAAGCUCUACUCCCCCAACAUCAUCGCGACCGGCUCCUCCGAACUCGACCAGUCCUCCUACUCCCACCACGCCGACAGCGACAUCGGCGUAGCCGUCAUCGACCGGUACACCUACUACAACCUCGAGUUUCUCGAGACCGAAGUGCGCGACACCAGCAGCAAGAAAACAGUCGGCGACCUCUUCGACGGGUAUACCUACGAGAAGAUCCACUCUAACGCGGGUGUCCGCUACGACCUGUUCCCCGGCGGCGCCGAGGCUGCGCGCAAACGGCUGGUCACGGAUUUCUUUGGUAAUGUGCAGAAUGUGGAGGUGGACGGGGCUAAGAACACUACUGUGUUGGACGAGGAAUUGUUGGCGCUUAGCCGGACGAUUGCGGCGUUGAAUCGGAAGGCGGACGAGGAGGAGUCGGGGUCGAAGGAGAACAUUACGGCGGCAGCGACGGGAGAGACGAAAGGGGCUAAGCAGCAUCGGGUGCAGUUUACCAAACCGUUGUCGGAUGAUAAUUGGUGGACUAAGAAGAUCUUGGGCGCUGCUGCUCUCCUCCCCCUCCGCGAAAUCACCCUCAACGCCCGCCCCCUCGCCAAACGCGCCAUCCAAUUCUCCUGCGACGGCGACCUCGCCAUCAGCGCAGACGACUCCGUGCAUGUCUUUGUGCCCGAAUUUCCUGACUUUUCCAGGCAGCGGGAUAAGUUGCGGGCGUUAGCUGAGCAUGGCCAAAAUGGCCAGUUAGGUGAUGCUAUGAGGAAUGGUGAGGAUGAUGGUCCGCCUGGGGAGGAAGGGGAGGGGGAAGGGGGAGGUGGAGGUGGACAGAGGGGGUAUAACCAUACGGUUCUGCGGGCGCAGUACUCGGAGGGUGGGAGGCAUAUGCCGGUGUCGUUUCCGCCGUUGGAUCCGAGGGUGAAUAGGGAGUUAUUUUUGGCGAUGGGGUUGGAGUUUCCGUAUGAUGGGGUUGUGGUUGUGGAGGAGGAGGGGGAAGAUGAUGAAAAUAAGGAAGAUGGUGAAGGUGCUGAAAAGAAUGAUGAUGGCGAGGGUGACGAGGGGGAAGAGGAGGAGGAGGAUGAUGAUGAGGACGAUGACGAUUCCGGCUCAGAUGGCUCAUUUGGGUCCUAUGACUCCGACGAAGACGAAGACGAAGAAGAUGACCCCGGUUCAGAAGACGAUAACUCAUCCCACUCCUCCUCCUCCGGCCCCCCCAACACCACCCACGCCUCCAACUCCAACCGCCCCUACGGCGCCGGCUACGGCCCCAUCACGGGCGUCGGCAGCAGCAUGAACCAAGUCAUCACCCUACGCUGGUCCCCCUCCGGCCUCGGCGUCCACCGCCGGCCCAUCCUCGCCGUACUCACGGGCGCGGGGACCCUAACUGUCCUCGGCGACGGCGGGGAAUCGGCCAACAUCCUGUCGCGUGCAAACGAAGGGAUGUUACAGAGGCGGGAGUUGAAUUCGUGGAUGGUGCUGUGGGGGGUUGGGGAACGGUUGGUUUUGCCGGGCCAGCAGACGGAGGUGAGUGAGUAUUUGAGGGGAUUUGCGUGGGCGAUGGGAACGGAGCAGCAGCAGACUGCUGGGCAGGCGUUGCUGGCGACGGUGAAUGAUGUCGGGGAGGUGGCGGUGAUUAGUGUGCAGUGUGUGUUGGUGCCGGAGGAUGAGGAGGGCGAGGGGGAGGAGGAUUUGGGUGGGUUUCGGACGCAGCCCGGGGAGAGUGCGGUUUGGUUGGUGAAGGAGGUUGCGAGGUUUAAGGCGGAGGGGCCUCAUAAACCUAUUGAUAUUUGGACCCAUGGUUCGGUCUCCUCAUGUCGUGGGCUGCUCUCAACUGGGUUUGAGCUGAAAAACUUUGAGGUUGCCAUGGCCGGGGGUCCGGUCUACAAAGUCCAGCAGCAUAGCGCGUGGGAUUGUCAGACGGUGUAUCCGCGAGAUAGCGGGGUGGCCUCGCAGAAUCCCAUCGUCGAUCUCGUCAUCCACCCUCCCAACCUCGCUAACCCAUCUCCUACACCCCUCUACACGCUCAUCCGCAUGUCCGCCACAGCCACAACCCCCGACUGGUACCAAACCAACGUCCCCCCAACCAGCCCCGAAGACCCCCGCCCCCAAUGGGUGCGCACCAUCGCCCAGAAACUCGACGUCCAAGUCCCCGUCGACAUGCACCUAACGCGCAACUACGACGAAAGCGGCUCCGACGGUUCCGGCUCCGACGCCGACGAUGUAGACGACGACGACGGCGAUGACGAUGGCGACAUGAUGGGUCUAGACGGUAACCUCGACUCCGACGACGACGAAAAUGAAGAAGAAAGAUUCGACGGGUUCGCCGAGCCCACAGUCCUGGACGUCCCCGAGAUCCACCCACACCGCUACCGUCUGCAUGGCCUGACUCUUUCCCCGGGGGGUGGUGUGGCCGCGGCGUUGGUGAGUAACCAUAGCACGCAGCGGCCGGAGAGAGGGGGGUGGCAUACCGUGCGGUCGAACGUGUUGUUUGGACAUAAACCGCGGCGUCUUCAACAAGUGCACGCUCAUAACGAGGAGGAGCCUGAUGACUCCAGCUUCCCCAUUGACCCGCAGUUCAUGGCCAUGACAAACAGUCAUACGACAGCAGAAAAUAACCCCCCAUCCUACUACGACCGCCUAACAACCGAAGCCAAACUCUUCGAGUCCCUCUACGGCGGCGGUCCCGACGUUCCCGGAAUCCACUAUCCAGCUACCAUGAGCCACCCAAAUACCGGACGGGAGAAUUCUGAAAAUUACAACGAUCUUCCCACCCUCUUCGCCCACGCCCUCUCAACCCAAAACUGCGACCUCUGCCACGCACCCAUGGACCAGCGUCGCCAAGGCGGUUCCCUAAGCGGAUGCCGCAACGGACACUUUUUCGGGACGUGUGCGACAUCCGGGUUGGCGGUGCAGACACCGGGGGCUACGCGGAGUUGUGGGGCGUGUGGGCUGAGGACUAUGAGGGCGGAGGUUUUGGUUGGGAAGAUUUUGGGUCUUGAAGGGGAGAAACAGGGGGAGGAGGGAGAAGGGAGAAGGGAAGAGGUGAGGAGGUUGAUUGGGGAGGGGGUUUGUGGUGCGUGUGGGGGGAAGUUUUUGAGUUAG